UAAGCUGGCAGUUGUCUGAAAUCAUGUAAAAAUAUGCGGUUUUCUCCAAAAUCCUUACACCGUAAGGAGAUUUAACUUCGUAAUUAUCUUUUUAGUUAAAACCAUAAAACAUUUAUCUGUGUAAUCUAAUAGAACUGUGAAUUAUCAAGCAGAAAAUAUAAAUAUUUUCUGCAGAUAUCUUUAUAGUGCAAAGAAAUUUAAUUUUUACAAUUUAGACUUGUAAUCCCAGCAAUAAAAGGCGUAACAUGAGUUUUUGAAGCCCCCAUACAACAACGCUAAUUAUAGCUAAUGCUAGAGGGACAAGCAAUACUGGCAACCUUACAAAAUCAAACUGCUUCUCAUCUUCCAUGGAGGAGAAGAAAAAGAGUGGCAAAACAAAGCAAGUGUAGUGGAUGUCACCCAAAAAUACUGUAAAAAAGAGAAGGAAGGGGGGAAAAAACUUGAAAAGUUUUUUGGACCUCUGCAAGCUAUACUAAAAAAAAGCUAAUUAUUUUGUUAAUUAAGAAACACAAUCCCCUUCAUUUACUCCCUCAUAGAUAGCAUCAAGGCUAGGCCCCCAGACAACUAACAACUCUUCAGUUUUUUUUAUCGGACCUCUGUAUCAGACUUCUAUAGCCUUGGAAAAUGUGAGGGUUGUUGUGGGUUUAAUUAUAUGAAAUUGGAGUUAGCUGUGAUUAUGGUUUUUAAUACGCAACACGUAACCAGAAGGCAACCACAACAACGUUACGCAGAUAAAGACGGUGGAGGUAACUGCAAAAUAGAGAUCACUACACCAGAAUUCUUCAGAAAAUGGCUUCUUCUACCCAAAAAAACACUGAUUCAAUCAUUGGUUUCUUUGUUGGUUUCCUUCUUGCCACCUCCUUUGCUCAUUGCUCACUGGCUUUAGAGACCGAAAACUCCACUGAAUUUAGACCUGCAAAGGAGCUUCUCAUGCUUCGGAGGACGAGAGCUCUCCUCAAGAAAAUCAAUAAGCCUUCUCUUAAGACAAUUCAGAGUCCAGAUGGUGAUAUUAUAGAUUGUGUUCCAUCUCACCUUCAACCAGCAUUUGAUCAUCCUAAACUAAGAGGAAAAAAGCCAUUGAAUCCAACCGAGAGGCCUGAAGGCAAUAAUGGGUCGGUUUUAGAAGGAAUGAGUAAGAGCUUGCAAUUGUGGAGAGAUUCUGGUGAGUUUUGCCCUGAAGAAAGUGUGCCUAUAAGAAGGACUACUGAAAAUGAUUUGUUGAGAGUAAGCGCAUUAGGGAGGUUUGGGAGGAAGCCGACCAGAAGAGUAAGAAGAGAUUCUUCUGGCACUGGCCAUGAGCAUGCAGUUGGAUAUGUAAGUGGAGAUAAGUACUACGGUGCAAAGGCUAGUCUAAAUGUGUGGGCACCGAAGGUGACUGCUCCGUCUGAGUUCACUUUAUCACAGAUUUGGGUGAUCUCAGGUCCCUUUAGCGCAGAUCUCAACACCAUUGAAGCUGGAUGGCAAGUUAACCCAGAAUUAUAUGGUGAUAGUCUUCCUAGGUUCUUCACUUAUUGGACGAGUGAUGCAUAUCAAGAGACUGGAUGCUACAAUCUCUUUUGCUCAGGAUUUGUCCAAACAAACAAUAAAUUCGCAAUUGGAGCUACUAUCUCACCAAAUUCAGAAUAUAAUGGCAGACAAUUUGAUGUCACUCUCUUAAUAUGGAAGGAUCCUAAGAAUGGGCAUUGGUGGCUAGAGUAUGGAUCAGGGCUAAUCUUAGGCUACUGGCCUUCAUUUCUGUUCAACCAUUUAACAGAAUAUGCUAGCAUGAUUCAGUUUGGUGGGGAGAUUGUGAACUCUAGACCUUCAGGAGUCCACACCUCCACUGAAAUGGGCAGUGGUCAUUUUGCAAAUAAAGGUUUUCGUCGAGCAGCCUAUUUUCGCAAUUUGCAGGUUGUUGAUUGGGACAAUAACUUGAUCCCCUUGUCGAAUCUCCACCUCUUUGCUGAUCAUUCGAGUUGUUACGGCAUAAAAGGAGGAGUAAAUGAAGUUUGGGGGAAUUAUUUCUAUUAUGGAGGUCCUGGACGAUGUAUGAGAUGUCCUUAAAAGCUUUAGAGAUUUUUUUUUCUCAGAUUUUAUUUGAAUUUUUUCUUUCUUUCUUCUUUUUGUUAGUAACAGGUGGUUUUGAGUAUAUUGUCCAACUUCCAGGCAGAAUUAUGUAAAUCAUGUCCAAGUUUAACGUAACAUACCAUGA